AUGGGGAAGAAGAACUGCUCAGUGGUGACUGAAUUCAUCUUGUUGGGGAUUCCCCACACAAAGGGGCUGAAGACUAUGCUUUUUGUCUUGUUCUUGCCCUUCUAUGCCUGCACCCUGCUGGGAAAUGUGUCCAUCCUGGUGGCUAUUCUUUCUUCCACUCGCCUUCACACACCCAUGUAUUUUUUCCCGGGGAGCUUGUCUGUGUUUGACAUGCGUUUCUCUUCUGUGACCUGUCUUAAAAUGCUACUGUACCUCAUGGGACUGAGCCCCCUCAUUUCCUAUGAGAACUGUGUCUCCCAGCUCUUCUUCUUCCAUUUCCUUGGCAGCAUUGAAUGCUUCUUGGAAUGCUUCUAUACCGUGAUGGCCUACGACCACUUCACUGCUAUCUGCUACCCUCUGCGGUACACAGUCAUCAUGAGCCCUAGAAUCUGUGGGGCUCUGGCUGUGGGCACGUGGCUGUUAGGGUGUAUCCAUUCCAGUCCAUUCUUGACUUUGCUCACUUUCACUUUGCCAUACUGUGGUCCUAAUGAAGUGGAUCACUUCUUCUGUGAUAUUCCAGCACUCUUGCCGUUGGCCUGUGUUGAUGUAUCCUUAGCCCAGAGGGUGAGUUUCACCAACGUUGGCCUGGUAUCUCUCCUCUGCUUUCUCCACCUCUUAUCCUACACGCGAAUCACCAUCUCCAUCUUGCAUAUUCGUUCAGCUGGGGGCCGCUGCCGGGCCUUCUCCACUUGCAGUGCCCACCUCAUUGCCAUCCUUUGUGCCUACGGGCACAUCAUCACUGUCUACCUGCAGCCUACGCCUAACCCCAUGCUGGGCACUGUGGUUCAAAUUCUGAUGAAUCUGGUAAGACCAAUGCUGAACCCUUUAAUUUAUACUUUGAGGAAUAAAGAAGUUAAAACAGCCCUGAAAAUAAUUUUGCACAGGACAAACCACGUUCCUGAGAGUUAG